UAUUAGAUGUGCUACACACUCUUUCAAUCGCAGCUCUUUUCAGCACAUUUGAUAACAGAUGAUGUAUUUCACCAGUUAUUUAGCUCUCAAUAGCUCUGACAGUUGUUUUAUUAUUAUAGCGUGUAAUGUACACGUCUCGUGCAGUUUCGUGAUUUUAGCGCGUGAACGGGACCUUUAUUUUGCUGUGGCGAUCUAUGACGUCAUAAGGCGGCGCCUUGCUCCUGCUGAUCUCCGAGUAGGCUGAAGACGUUUGUGUUUUUAAGCAUUUAAAGUGUAUUGAUACAUGGAUUUUAUAGAUACAGCCGAUUUUAUAGUUUUAAAAGGCGAUGUAAAUGAAACGAUUAUUUUUGAAUGUAACUUUAAUGUUUUCUCUAACAUUAAUGAUCGUUAUUUUUCGUAACAGAAAAGGUCCGUCUCAUUUCGCUCGCUAUUUGAAUCAGUUGAUCGUAAACACGGAUUCGAUCACUGGCACGUGAAAAUCCGAAUCAACUGAACCGGAACGAUUCAGAGAUUCGAAUCUCUGAAUCACGACUCCUGCUCAAAACAGUGUACAAGCAACACAAACAUGUGCGAUGACAACUAAUACAAACAACAGCAAAUGUUUUAAAGUAGAAUGUAAUAAAUAUAAUUAACAAGUCAAUGAUUACCAGAUUUAAGACCUAACUAAAAUAUUGUGGUUCUGUAUAAUGUACGUUCAUUUAUUAAUUUGCAGUGCUGGUUUUGAUUGUUUAUGUUUUUGGGCUAAUCAGGCCAUUGACUGACUCCCUUACUAGUGCGCUGACUACUGAAAUGAGGAGCUGAUUGAGACGCACCCAGAGAUUUAGUUUGCAUUCAUUUUUCUGUCUGUUACCUUUUCUCAUCUUAAACACACAGAAAAACUCCUGCUGAAGCGACUGAGACACACGUGACACACGAUUAUAAAGAUGGAGUUUAUUAAAGAGGAGAGUGAAGACGUGAAGAUUGAAGAAGCAUUCAGAGACAAACAUGAAGAUACUGAGACACAAACAGACCAGAUGGUGUUGAAUGAGGAACGUCAAGAACUGAAUGAAAGAGAAGAGAAAACUCAGUAUGAGAAACAUGAUUUCAUGACUAGAGAAAAAUCCACAAAGACUGAGAAGACUUCCUCACAAAAAAGAGGUCAUAAAACCAAAUCCAAGGGUUAUUUCACUUGCCAUCAAUGUAGAAAGAGUUUUAAUCUAAAACAAAACCUUGAAGUCCACAUGAGAGUUCACACUGGAGAGAAGCCAUUCACAUGCCAACAGUGUGGACAGCAUUUCAGUCAGAAAGGAAACCUUAAAAAACACAUGAGAAUUCACACUGGAGAGAGGCCCUUUAUCUGUCAAGAGUGUGGAAAGAGCUUCACAGUAGAACUAAACCUUAAGUAUCACAUGAGAAUUCACACUGGUGAAAACACUUUCACCUGCCAAGAAUGUGGGAGAAGUUUCACUCAAAAACAAAGCCUCAAAUUUCAUAUGAGAAUUCACACCGGAGAGAAGCCUUACACUUGCACUCAGUGCGGAAAGAGUUUUGCUCAGAAAAACACCCUUAAUUAUCACAUGAAUACUCACAAUGGAGAGAGAUCUUUCACCUGCCAACAGUGUGGAAAAAGUUUCGCUCACAAACAUAGUCUUAAAGUCCACAUGAGAAUUCACACUGGAGAGAAACCUUACACUUGCACUCAGUGCAGAAAGAGUUUUGCUCAGAAAAACACCUUGAAUUACCACAUGCGCAGUCACACUGGAGAGAAACUGUUCACAUGUGAUCAGUGUGAAAAGAGCUUCACAACAGAAGUAAACCUUAGGUAUCACAUGAACAUACACACUGGAGAGAAGCCGUUCAAAUGUGAUCAGUGUGGAAAGAGGUUCACACGUAAAAUAAGCCUUAAUAACCACAUGAGGAAUCACUCAGGAGAGAAAUCUUUUAUAUGUCAUCAGUGUGGAAAAAGUUUCAGUCAUAAAAGUAGCCUCAACACUCACAUGAGACUCCACACUGGAGAGUACUCCUGCAAACUAUGUGGGAAGAGCUUCUCACAAAUAGGAAAUCUUAAGAUUCACAUGAGAAUUUGCACAGGAGAGAAGCCAUUCAAAUGUGCGGAAAAUGAUUAACACGAAAGGAAAACCACACGAGGAUUCACACAAGGGAUUUAUGUCAUCAGUGUGACACAGACAAGCAGUUAAACAGUUAAAGUAAACCUUUAAACUUGCAUCAGAGUUUACACCAGAAAAUGUGCUUCUGUGUGAAAUUAAGGCAACUUUUACAUUUCAGCUGAACAUGGACCCAAUCUGAAUGUCCACCUUCACCCUGCCCAGCCAUAUCACCCUGCAGCCCAAGACUGGUUGCCCACUGAAGCUAAGCAGGGCUGAGCCUGGUCAGUACCUGGAUAAAGGGGCGCCAGGUUAGGAUGAUGUCAGGGGCCUGGUGAGGGAGAGGGGGCCCAUUUUUUUACUGAGGGGGAGCCGAGUCAAUAUGAUGUUCAGGGGCCCCGGAAACUAUAGCGAUUCCCCUGUGUGGGUCCUAAUGCCCCAGUAUAGUGAUGGAGACACUAUACUGUCAAC